ACAGCAGACGACAACAGCAGGACGGCACAAAAUCAUCAUGACCAACACGAAACACAAGAUGGCUUCCGGCUGUUAUUGCUGUUAGCAACGCUGAACGACCGAGGAAGAAAGGAACAAACAGUGGCUGCUGAGUGGGAAAGAAGCAGGAGGGAACCGAAUACAACGGAACUCACAACAACGAAACGCUACACAGACAGAUACACAGAAUUCGAUGCAUACAUAAACAUCAUAAUAAGUAGUAUAAACAUAUUAGAGACGUAAAAAAGUAGUUGCUACUAUGUGUGAAAAGCAACGUUAGAUCUGUGAAGAAGACAAGCAAAGAUUGAAGUUAUCGGGUUGUUGAUGUUGCACUUUCUGAUUUACUCCAGUCGUUUAUUUAGUUAUUAAUGUGUCGGUAAAACCGAGUGUGAGUAGAACUUAUGCAUCGAUAUUGUGUACGAGUAUGCUAUGUAAUAUAGCGCGCUCAGGAUCGUGGAACAAUGGGAUUCUCUGAUGUUGCUGGAACACCCAGUUUUACGUGGAGUUCUUUGCAAAGUUAGUUGUCGUUGUCGUCGUCGUCGAUAGAAGUCGACACUGCCAAUCGCGAAUUUGUGUUCUGAAACCACCUCCGUCUCGUCCUGCGCUAGGACAGUUCGAAGACUUCUCAUACCACUUUGAAACGUGAGGUUAGCAAGCAAGCUAGCUGGUUAUUGGCUGUCAUUCUUUUAGGAAAAAAGCGAUUUCAAGCCCUCUGUGACUGAAUGUAUUGCAACAAAUGAAAUAUGGAACCGGAUGGUAGUUUGCUCGGCGAGAUAACCCGAAGAGAUGAAAAAAGUGAUCAUGAAAUUCUCUUGCCAACAACAGCGUCGACAACAACAAAGCCUGAACAGGGACAGCAUUAUUGCUGUCACACCUCGCAGGUUCGUAGCGAAGACCAUGGGUCUGAUGAGGAACUUGAUCAAGAAAUACCAGGACCUUCUUCAUCGAGGGCUCUUCAACCGCAACAGCAGCAAUCGUCGCUGUUCUCCGCAAAGAGCUUCCAGGAGGCGCAUCGUCAGUUAGGUCUAAUGACGCCCUCUCCGCCAGGAACGCCUCCAACACCAGGCAGCGUUAGCGGGGGUCUUCUACGUUCCUCUUCGGAAGACGCUCUCAGCUCAUCUUCAUUGUCAUCGCAGGAAAAUUUUCUCGAUUCGACUGGUAACCCCGGAUCAGCCCCUGGAGGAGCGCAUUGGAGUAACAAUAACGGAACCGGCCGCCAAGGCGAUUGUGGGUCACCGUUUUAUUAUCAUGCAUUGAGGUUUCUGCUGGUCGGCGACUCGGACGUAGGGAAAAAUGAGAUCCUGGAAAAAUUUGAAGCUCACCGGCUGCCUCUUGUAAAUCAAAAGGAAGUUGAAUUCAAGACCACCAUGAUCCUGCUUGAUGGAAAAAGGAUCAAAUUGCAGCUUUGGGAUACAUCUGGCCAGGGCCGUUUCUCCACCAUUAUUCAGAGUUAUUCACGAGGAGCCGACGGCAUUAUUCUUGUGUUUGACAUUACGAACCGUUGGUCAUUUGAAUCGCUCGAUAAGUGGCUGAAAGAGGUUGACGAGUAUGCCUCGGGUGUUCCCAGGGUCCUCGUCGGAAACAGAUUACACUUCGAGUUUCGUCGAGAGGUAAAUUCGAGAACGGCUUUGCAGUACGCAGCAAAACACGGCAUGUCAUAUUUGGAAGUGAGCCCCCUUGCUGACUACAACAUCACAGAAACAUUCGUCGAUCUCAGCCGGCAGGUUCUCAAUCGAAUCCGACUUCAUUCGUGGCAUGAAAAUCGAGUAUUAAGUCUACAGGAGUUAUGUUGUCGGACGAUAGUUCAACGUACAACGUCAUAUUCGAUCGAACGAUUGCCGCUGCCAGCAAGCGUAAAGUCCAACCUCAAAUCAUACUCGCUAAAUCCCUACUCGGCAGCCUCGCUUGUCGCGUGCUGUGCCCACAAACAACACAAUGCUAAAGGUGGCUGUCUCAAUCACCAUGGGCACCAACGCAAAAGUCGCCACCACGCGAGCACCAAUGGCAGGAGUCGAACGGGUCGACGAUCUAGUAGAUCCAGUAGAUCAAGCAGUCCCCAUAAUCUGCUUGAAGGUAUACCUAUAUCUGAUAUUCGGCAUCAUCACAACCUUCACGAGAGCAAUAAGAAGUGCACGAUCAGUUAGUUGCAUAUACUAGGCUGCUAUUACGGACUACGAGAAGAACGGCCUUAGUCACUUUUUCAAGUAUACAUCACCGCAACAAACUUGCCACCGGCCUUUCUCAGAAGGUAUCUUUUGCCCCUGAGCGUGAGAAAAAUGCCACCUACCUGUCCAUUGGUAUCCGAUAAUACAACGAAACGGGAGGGGUGCCUUAUUGAUAGAAUGGUAGAUACAACCUGAUGGCGAUGGCUUACUCUAAUAAUUAUACAUAGUGCUUUAGGUAGAUACUGUUGCUGUGAUAUCUGGGGUACACUUGGUGACCCUAAUUCUCUUUAUAUCUAGCUGCACAUACUAUAUACCCUGAGCGUACGAACGCCGAAUGGCUGUGGGGCAAUGCCCUGUACAUGGACAGGCCUAUCUUAUAGUGUCCGAGGGAACAAGGAUGUAUCUCAGCUGAUGCGAGGAUGCCUAGAACGAUGAAGUAACGUGAAAGCGGUGAGGGAAGACAAGUAGUGGUGUGUCCAUGAAGAUGUAUGAGUAGACGAACGUCCACCAGAAAUACGGACAUCGAGUGACAUUGCCAGCACUUCAACUGAAAUUCGUAGAUUGAAAUGGGGUACUGGCCCUGAAGAAGGCCAGCGAGAAAGCUAUAUGCCAAUUGAACAGAUUGAAUGCAAAGUAGCUUGAUGGCAAGUUCAUCUUUAUAGAUAGACUGGCCGUAUGGAGGCUGGACAGGAUGGCUAAAAGUGGUUCUUUAUAGGACGAGCCGGGAUCGGCUUUUGACGGAGUUGGUGUCGAUGUUUGGCUUCCUAAACAUGCGUGCGUACGUGUCUAUGCGGAAAAUAAAAAUAUGUAGAGUUAUUAACAGCUACUACCAAAUCAGUGGGAUCGAGAAGUUUUGGACGAGCUUCUGAAGUCAGAUAGCGCACGGGUAAAGAAAAAGAAUCAAACUCUGAAUUCAAGCUUACAUACGAUACGGGUUAUUGAAAGGUUUGCCGCCAUGUUUGUAUUAAGCUUUUGAUAUGUGCUUAGUUUGCAUGAGCCGAUUUUGUUGCUACUUAUUUUGAAUACUAGAAUUAUUAUUAGCAGUCUUUAUUUUUUGUUUAUCCCUCAAGUGCGAAAGUACCUUUGGUGUGCUCAACAACAUAUGCUGCCAUUGAAUUUUUUUUCGGAAAUCUGUUUUCAAAAAAUCGAAUGACAAUAUGAAGCUAUCCAGAUUUACCAAAAUUUGCACGGACUUACCUACAAAGAGUUGGAGAUUGUUUAGCUCAAGUAAGCACGAGUUUGGCCUCGAGACAGAUAUCCUUCAUUUAACUACUAUCAUUCAUGUCUACUCAUGUACUCUAUGCCCUCAAAGCAUGAUCCCCUUUAAAGGUGAAUUUUAGCGUCUCUAUACAC